AGAAAUACUUCCAUGAUGGCCACGGCAAAUAUGUUUGUGCUCCUGUCCUUCGUGCUUUGCUGUUUUGCAGAUGCUGCCCUUGGGGCUGAGGUGGACUGCAGUAAAUAUCCAAACACUACAAAUGAGGAAGGCAAAGAGAUGUUGGUCUGCAGUGAGAUCGUUGGCCCCAUCUGUGGCAGUGAUGGAAUCACCUACAGCAAUGAGUGCUUGCUCUGCACCUACAAUAUAGAAUAUGGAACCAAUGUCAGCAAAGACCAUGAUGGAGAAUGCAAGGAAGGUGCUCCUGUGGACUGCAGUAAAUAUCCCAACACAACAAAUGAGGAAGGCAAAGAGGUGUUGGUCUGUAGCAAAGACUCCAGCUUCGUCUGUGGAACUGAUGGGAUCACCUACGACAAUGAGUGCCAGCUGUGUGUCCGUAGCAUAGAGUCUGGACGCAGCAUUCGCAAGAAGUCUGAUGGUGAAUGUAAGAAGGACACUGCUACACGGGUUGACUGCAGUGACUACCCCAAACCUGCCUGUGUGGUUGAGUACAGGCCUGUCUGUGGAUCUGACAGCAAAACAUACAGCAAUAAGUGUGAAUUCUGCAAUGCAGCCGUGGACAGCAAUGGGACUCUCUCUAUAAGCCACUUUGGAAAAUGCUGAGUAUCAGUGCUGAGAGAAUUCACCACAGGAUCCCCACUGGCAAA